UAAAAGCUACGCCAUCUUUGUUAGCAUGGUAGUGAAAUAAAAAUUGGUAAUAUUAAAUCCGCUACAAAAUGACAGAUGCAGGCUUUUUUCGGGUAAUGUUUACUAUCUAUAGUAGAUAAAUAACCGUAAAUUAGUCUAACGUAGAUAUAUGUAAAGUGCGAAUUAUAAUAGAAUUAUUCGAGUUUAGGCCGUUGUCGAAUCUUUCACGGACCCACCGCAGUAUUGAAGCAGACAGGUUUUGCGGUACUAGAGCAGUACAACGACGCGUUGUUCUGGAGUAGGUAACUUGCUAAUAAAGUGGUAUUAGAAGCCCGCUGAAAUUAGUUUGCACAUAACCAGACAUUUUGAAAGUUUAUUUGCGUUUGUUACGUCAAAUUUAAGGCUUUCAGAUUUAAGGAAAGAGGAAGAGUACAACACACGGUCUAACCAUGAUGUAUACUGGGACCUCUGCGGAACAAGACAACCGGUUCAGUGACAAGGAGAAGAAGCUCUUGAAGCAGAUGAAGUUUGGAGAUAGUCUCAGCAGGAAGGUGGACAUGUCAAAAGUGAAACUCGAUGUCAUAAAGCCGUGGAUUGCCCAGAAAAUUACUGAAAUCCUUGGAAUGGAAGAUGAUGUCGUGGUUGAAUUUGUCUACAAUCAACUAGAAGCAGAGAAGUACCCAGAUCCCAAGAAGAUGCAGAUUAACCUGACAGGGUUCCUGAAUGGGAAGAACGCUCGCCUGUUCAUGUCAGACUUGUGGGAGCUGCUGUUGUCAGCACAGGACUCGGUCAGUGGGAUACCAGGGCAGUUCCUUGAACAGAAAAAGGAGGAGAUCAAAAAGAGAAUGGAAGAGCAAGAUAGGAUCCAAGAAGCUCUGAAGAACAAACUAGAGAAGAGCAAGGACAAAGAUGAUAACAAAGACCGUAAAAGGGAUAGAGACAGGAAAAGAAGCCGUUCUCGUGACCGUCAUCGAGACCGUGACAGGGAUCGUGACAAGGACAGGAGGGAUCGUGACAAGGAGAGAGAAAGAGAGCGUGAAAAGGAGAGGGAACGUGAGAAGGAAAAAGAGAGGGAACGUGAAAAGGAGAGGGAAAGAGAAAAGGAACGAGAAAGAGAUAAAGAACGGGAGAAAGAGAAAGAACGUGAAAGAGAACGGGAGAAGGAGCGGGAACGAAGAGACAAGGAGAACAGCCACAGAUCUCCAUCUAAAUCUCCAAGAAGGACAUCUUCACCAUCAGCUAAGACUGAAAGUAAACCGGAAGUGAAGGAUGAACACAACAACAGACGCUCUUCAUCAUCUCCAGAGCCCGAAAACAAAAAGAAACAGGAUGCAUCUACUAAAGUGGAAGCAAUUCGUGCUAUGUCAAGUGUUCAAGCAAAACUCCUGAGCCUAGCAGGAGGACCCAAAAUGAAACCUUCAGACACAGCUAAUGACAGAUCGUCCUCAUCUCGAUCAAGAUCUAGAUCACGCUCACGUUCACGAUCCAGGUCUACAAAAUGUCCAGUAACCAGGAAGCGUUCAUCUAGUCGUGAAGCUAGCAAGUCAUCAUCGCCUUCUAGGGCUCCUAAAAAGUCUCCUGAAAGGGAAAGAAGCCGCAAGAAAAAGAUAGCCUCCAAAUCUCAUACUCCGUCUAGAUCUCGAAGCUCUUCCUCUUCAGCUACAGAAUCCCACAAAAGCAAAGGUGGUAAAUCUUCUCAGUUAGGAACAAAGUCAAAUAAUCGUUCUAAAUCAGGAUCACAUUCCAAAUCCAGAUCUCCUGUCAAAGGAAGAGGUUCAAAAUCGCAUUCAAGGUCACCACCUAAAAGACGCUCAAGAUCACCGGUGAAAAGAUCAGGAUCGCCAAAUAAAUCAGCUGGAAAGGGAGGAAACAACAGAUCUCAGAGUUCAGAGAGUGCAAGCAGUAGAAGUGAAUCCUCAUCAUCUGAACACUCAGAAGAAGGUAAAGGUAAUAAGGAAGAAGAUUUUGAAAUCCACAAGAAGGAAGAUAGUGUACAAAAGAAACGGCAUUAUCGAAAUAACAACAAAGACAAUGACUCCUCAGGCAGUGACUCAGAUGCUGAACACGCAAGGAGGGAGAAAAGAAUUGAAUCAAGUCCUCGGUCACCUCACCGACGCCAUAGAGCAGCCAGCCGGGAUAAGGAGAGAGAAAGAGAAAGAGAUAGAGGAAAAGAAAGAGACAGAGAUGGUGAAAGAAGAGGUGGGAGAUACAGGCACUCACUGGAGCAUGAAAGAGAGAGAGAGCGGGACAGAGAACGAGAGCGCGACAGAGAAAGAGAUCGAGAGAGGCAUAGGUUGUGGGAGAGGGAAAGAAGAAGAAUGCCUCCACCAUCAACAAGGAGACCACCCUCUAGGAGAAGGAGUCCAAGAAGAACUCCAAGGAGAAGUCGCAGCCAUCGUUCAGCUUCUCCAUAUCACUCACGUUCUCCACAUGGUCAGGGAAGUCACAAUUCUUCUGAGAGGCGACCUUCUGCUUCUCAUGAUGAAAGGAGAAGGAAACCUCGUUCUGAGUCUCACAGUGCCUCUCCACCACCUGCCAAACAAAGGUUCUCACACAGUCUGUCAAGAACACCAUCACCAUUCAGGAAAGGAGUAGACAAGGAUCGGGGGAGCAGCAUAGAAAAGAGGUCUAUUAAAAACAAAUCUAGAAGGUCUCCUUCAGAACAUGAUGAGAGGGAUUUGUCAGCCAGUCGGAAAAAGGGUCCACCACAAUUGUCCUCUCCUUCUGAUAAGAACAAGUUGACAUCAAGGGAUCAGCUAUCAGAAUCUCGGCAGGUAGAAAGGAACCAUAAAAAGUCAUUGGCUGCCAUAAAAGAUGGGAGCCGUGAGAAGGCAGUACGAAAAGCUGUGAAACCGGAUCCUGAAGAUUCACCACCUGCCAGAGAAAGGGAUCAUAAAGCCGGAAAGAAGCGUCCAGAGUCAGCAGCAUGGCCAACUGAAAAAGAGAGGAAGCUUGAAGAGAAGAAACGAAAGAUUUCUGAGAGCUCAGAAUCUCCGUCUCCCAAGCGAAGGAAGUCUGGAUCCCAGGACAAGCAGGUGGUAAGAAAAAGCCGAUCAAGGAAGGCGGACACUUCUGAAUCUGAUGAUUCAGAAGAAGAGGAGCGAGUAAAGAUUGUAAAGAAGAAGCGUCGUGCUUCCAGUUCAGAGGAAGAUACAAAAGCCAAGAAGAAAAAGAAGAAGAAACAAAAGGAAUCAUCAAGUGACUCUGAAGUGGACAGUGAUGCUGAAGUUGAAGGCAGGAAGAAAAAGAAAGAUAAGAAACAUAAGAAACACAAGAAACACAAGAAACAUAAGAAACAUAAAAAACGCAAAAUUGAAGAGAGUGAGGACUCUGAAGCAAGUGAAGCAGAAAACACUGAGGAAUUGGAGAGGAGGUUACGGGAGCGGGCUCUCAAGUCAAUGAAACGCAGUGAGAGAGGGGGCAGUGAAAGUAGCAAAUGAUGAUGUCGCACAGCGCAUGGAUGCAGAUUACAAGACAGUGUGUACUCUGACAGUACAGUGAAUUUAUCACAACUGUUCAGAAACAUUCCCCAAAUCUUUCUUAUGUAUCCUCAGAGAUGUUGGCUUUUAUUAAGGAUUUUCUAUUAGAUCAUGAAAAGUACUGCAAAUAAAGCUUUGAUUAAACUAUUGUACGAAACUAGUGGAAAGUGAAUCAGAAGUGAACAGCAUGUAGGAACAUUACCAGAAAAUGAAUUACAUCUUCAUAUUGUUGUCUAGAGAGUGGUACCAAUCUCUUGAAACUGCAUUAGUUUCUGUCGUGUCCAUGUAGUUCGUGCAGCAGUCUCAGCGGCAUCAUUAUUGCAUCAUUGACAUAUGUGUAUGUAGCAUACUUGUUGGGUGCCACAUUACUAUUGCCAUUACAUAUUACACUUCAAAAUGAGAAUUGAAGAUUCAGGUUGCAUUUUGUAGUUGAAUUGCCAUACAUUAACAUAUCCUAGUUUAUGUUUCACAUUGUCCAAAUAUAAAGCUUUAACAUGGAGAUGCCCUUUUGUUUUAUCCACAGAGAUAACUGUAAAGGAAGAUGAAAUCAAGUAUUUGGGAAAUAUAACUUCCUUGUGCCCAUAAGGGUAACAAUACAGAAACAGAUAAAAUCAGGUGUUUGGAAGAAGCCAUUUCUUUUGCCUACAAUGGUGACAGUAAAGGAAUAGAUGAACUCAAGUAUUUGGGACUUCACCUCCAUCGAAGGGUGACAAUAGAGUAACAAAUGAAAGCACAUACUUGGGGCAAAAACUAUGGAAUGUUGAUUUUAUGCUGUAUGAAUACUAUUAUACUUCAAGUCAUUGGUGUAAGUUAUCAUUUACCAAAGUGCAAGACAUACUAGAAUUUUUUUAACGUUUUCCUGAAUAAGGAGAGUUUGUUCUUAAAGGGGCACCAUUGUAGGUUUGUGUGGGCACAUUUAUGGCUCCAUGUUACGAGGUCUAAAACUGUUGACUACCAUCUGAGGAAAACCCUGAUAGGAUGAAAGUGACUGAGAAGGAAUGAAGUUUCACCAAUGUAAAGGCCUACAUACAGUAACAAAUUAAUGAGACCUUUUUUUUAAAUGUGGCGGUGAUAAUAUGAUGAUUGCAAAUCAAUCUCCAAAUGUUAUUUCAGUGUGUCACACCAUCAUCUAUAAAUAUAUAUAGUUUGAAGUCACUUUUCCCCCAUAUUUGGGGAAACUGCAUUUCAGAGUAUUCAGAUUGUUUUUAAAAUAAUUUCAAAACCUUUUGUUACGUUUUUGAAGCGAAAUAAUACCUUCUUUGUGUACAAGGAAAUGCUUCCUUUGGAGAGUCAGUAUACUAGAGUUUUCUUGGAGCAACACUUCAAUGAAAAUCAUUUUGAGUUGUAUGUUCACAAUUUCAGGCUUAUGUGAGCUACAUUGACAAUUUAUUGAGCAUAAUUAUGCCACACUAAAGAAGAAGGCCAUUGUUAGUGUAAUACAAAGUCAAGGUCUGAUUUGGAACUGCAUAACAUAAUUGUUUUACAUCAUUGCUCAUCCUAAGAGAUGGGACAAUAAAAGUGUGCUGAGUAAUGUGGCGAAUUGCAAGUGUGUUAUAUUUAUAUUCUUAACAUUAAUUCAUUCGUUUAUUGUUUGAAUAUUUGCAAAACAGGAGUGAAAUUAUGAAGUAAUUAUAAUAAAGUGUUAUUCCUGA